GGGUGGUAAAGGUAAUUAAGAUGGUUGAUAAAAUUGUUCAGUCACGUGACUGCUGGUAAUUAAUUCUCGCGCCUUUCCCAAGAGAUCAGCUGAGUUCGAACGAACAGACGUAUUUUAUAAGAUUAAGUGUAAAGGUGACGGAUUAACGUUUAUGUAGUGUUUGUCUAUGCUUAGGACUUUGUUAUGGAUUUGAAAGUAGAGGACAACACCCCACUUUUGUUGAGCAGCAGCAACAAAUAUGAUUCGAUGGAGAAAAGUUCUGAAGGACCAUUGUUAGGAUCUAACUCUGUUGAAAAGGUGCAGCGAGGAUUGUAUCCACAGCCUGUACAAAGAAGACCAUUCCAUUACCCUUCGGCAAGCAACCUUGGUAGCAUUAAUGAGGAUCAGAGCAUUGAAGUAUCGGCAACUCUUUCACGACAUCGUUAUUACAGCAAGCUAGCAGAUCCUUCUCUGGAAACACUGAAAAUUCCAGACCAUGUGGUGCCAUCAUAUUUCUUUUACCCUUUUCCAUUUAGAAAGAUUGUCGGCAAACAAAAUAGCAUCGUUACCAUUUUCUCGAUUUGGAACACGAUGAUGGGAACCACACUUCUUAGCAUGCCCUGGGCAGUGCAACAGGUGAAUAUAACUCUGUGAACAAAGUUUAAUUUUUCCAAGGACAUGACUAGGUUCAAUUGAAGCUUGGAUUUAUGACAAGGAUUUUUUAUCUUG